AUCCACAAUACCUCCCCAAAAUUCCACCACCCAAACUCUCACUCACUCCCCUUUCACCCUCACUCAAUCAAUCCCAGAAAACACAACCAUCUUCAUCUCCUUCUUCUUCUCCCUCAUCCACAAAACACACAAUAAUGCCAAUCAUUUUUCUCUCUCCUCUAACCCAAAUCUACAAAACCCAAUAACCCACCUCACAUUUUCUCUCUCCUCCUCCUUCAAUGGCGCUCCCUCAAUUCCUCCAUUACUCCACCUCCCUUAAACCCUCUUUAAACCCUUCACCUCCAACCCCCAUUUCCCUCCCCUCAACCCCGCUCUGUCUCAGCUAUCAACGCCGUAAGCUCCAGCGCGAUAUUCUCCGCUGUUCCGCCUCUUCCUCAUCCUCCCAACCACAGAACAACCCGCCAUCCCCAAACCCAACCCCACAAAACGACGUCGUUGAGCUCCCAAUCUUCCCCCUCCCACUCGUCCUCUUCCCGGGGUCAAUCCUCCCACUACAAAUCUUCGAGUUCCGAUACCGAAUCAUGAUGAACACCCUCCUCCAAACCGACCUCCGAUUCGGGGUUAUCUUCUCCGACACGCUAUCCUCCUCCUCCUCCUCCGCCACCUCCGUCGGUUGCGUCGGCGAAGUCGUCAAACACGAGCGUCUCGCCGACGAUCGCUUCUUCCUAAUCUGUAAAGGACAAGAGCGAUUUCGAAUCAACAAGAUAGUACGCUCCAAACCCUACCUCGUGGCAGCCGUUGAUUGGCUCGAGGAUAAGCCCUCCUCCGAUGGGUCCCACGAAGAUUUGGAGAGCCUUGCCAAGGAUGUGGAGAGUUACAUGAGGGAUGUGAUUCGCUUGAGCAAUCGAUUGAAUGGGAAAGAAGAGAAGGAAAUUGGGGAUUUGAGGAGGAACUUGUUUCCGACACCGUUUUCGUUCUUCGUUGGGAGUACGUUUGAAGGGGCUCCCCGUGAGCAGCAGGCGUUGCUUGAGCUGGAGGAUACCGCGGCGAGGUUGAGGAGGGAGAAGGAGACUUUGAGGAAUACUUUGAACUAUUUGAGUGCUGCUUCUGCUGUUAAGGAUGUGUUUCCAUCUUCUUGAUUAUAUGGGAGAAUGAGAAUGAGAGAAGGUUUGUGAAUAGAUAGGUAACUUUUUAUAUUUUUUUUUGGUUGGAAUGAAUGAAUGUAUUGGUAUAAAGGUUGUAAAUGAUUGUUAUUUGUGCGUAAUGGGAAUAUAUUUUUAUGAAGUA